CAUCCUGCAGGAAGGCCGCGGCGGAGAAUCCAGCGGACGCUGAGGUGCGGGCGGGGGGGAGCAAGGAAAAGGACCCCGGUCGGUGCGAAAAAAAUCUCCGCCAGACGAUGACCCACGGAUGGGUCCCCCACCCUGGCAGCCGGGGGCGGCGGUGACCUCGAGCCCCGGCGCUGCCCCUUCCUAGGGGGGGACAUGGGCUGGAGCCGCCGCCCAUGGCUGGGCUCCCCCCGCUGCACGGCCCCAACCCCUGACUGGAGGCAGGAGGUGCCCCACAGAAUGCCCUGGGCUGCUCGGGCUCAGGGGCUGGUCAGCUUCACGGGCGCGGAACUGCCAUGCACCCACCAGCCGCCCCACACAGCAUCGCUGGUCCUCAAACGCCACCUGGAGAAGGAGGAGCAGCAGCCCGGCCCAAAGCAGUUCCUGUCGGAGGAGAAGAUGGCGGCCCGCUUCAACACGCUGAGCUUGGAGAACGACCACGCCUACAGCGGCAACGGCUUCCCUGCCCGGGGCCUGGCGCCCGACCCUGCCUGGGCACAGUGGGUGCAGGAUUACGCCCGCUGCCGGCAGCCGGAGCAGAGGCUGCCUCUGGCUGGAGGGAGCGAGGACGCCAGCGGGGCGGAGGCCGAGGGGGGCAGCGUGGUGCUGGAGGGGGAGUUCAGCAUGGCGGACUGCACCCCCCUCGGCCUGGUGGGGUCGGGCCGCCUGCAGUACGUGAGCCCCUCGGCAGAGCUGGUGCUGUGGACCCCCCCGGGGAGCCGGGUGCCCCACUCCAUCCGGACCCUCAUGCUGCCCCCCAGCCCCCUGGCUGCCCCCCUGUUGCUUCCCCCGGGCCAGGGGGCGCGGGCGGAGGAGAUGGAGCUGUGACGCAGGACCGUUCCCCGUCCCCGCUGGAGAGAUGCUGGGUACGACUCACCCUGGACAGACCCUGUCCCCAGCGCUGCAGGCUUCCCCACAGCAGUGCCCCCAGCUGGGGCCUCCCUGCCGCUGCGAGCUUCCCCGCAGCAGCGCCCCCAGGGACACUGUGGCCACAUAACGAACUGUACUGAAGUGUUUGUCUCUCUCCCGCGGCCGGGGGUCAAUAAAGAAAAGAGACCCGA